CACUACCUUGUAGUUGUGUGGUUUAACAGUCUUCGCUACAUCAAACCGAGGAUUUGAUUUCAUAUUUGUAGUGAUUUUGGAAAAUAAAAUUUUGAUUUUUAAUUGGUUGAUUAAACGACACUUUACCACUACCUGUGACAUACAGCACAAGAAUAUCAAAAGUGAAAAAUAUGGAGUGAUUUUGGGGCAAAAUCUCAGUGUUUGGGCAAAUAUGUUGCAUCUCAUUGAAAAGUUUUACUCUGAAUUUACUUGGCAAAUGGAAACAUUACUCACUGGUAUAAUACUUCUGGUGAAAAACCUGUAGUCAUGCUAUGUCGUGUGUGCUGAAUAGGAAAAAGUUACAUUAUUAUCUGGAAAAUGUCGAAUCAUUCCGAAACCCAAAGCUUGAACUUGAACAGUACUGUACUUCAGCUCACGUUGCAGCUGAUAUCUUGUUUAAUAUUCAAAUGGCUGAUAAUGCCUUGGAAAAUAUGUCAGUCGCCGACUUAGGCUGCGGUACUGGAAUGUUGUCAAUUGGUGCCAAACUACUUGGAGCUAAUUGUGUGUUUGGCUUUGAAAUUGACAACGACGCUGUAAACGAUUUCCAGUCCAAUUUAGAAGCAUACGAAAUGAUGGAUGAUAGUAUAAAUGUUACUUUAUGUGAUGUUACACGCCUUUUCCGUGACAAUAAACGUAAACUUGUGGAUACUGCCAUUUUAAAUCCUCCUUUUGGCACUAACCCGGAGAAAAAUGGUAUUGACAUGGCAUUCUUACAUGUUGCAUUGUCGAUUGCUGAUUCACAUGUAUAUUCUCUUCAUAAAACCACUACAAGAAAUCACGUUCUGCGUACAAUACACAAUGCUGGAGCUCAAGCGAAAGUAGUUGCAGAACUUCGUUUCGAUCUGCCUCGUUCCUAUAAACGUCAUCGUCAGGAUACAGUAGACAUUGCCGUGGAUUUAGUUCAUUCAUGGUUUUGAAUAAAUUGUUAUUAUUAUUAUUGUUAUUAUUUGAGAAACAUUUUUUGUACUAUAUGCAUAACUCUUUGUACAGUAAUUAUUAAAAAGGAUGGAUGAAUAAGAAGG